UUUCAUUAUCACCUUUCACGCCAUCCUCACCACCACCUUACCAUCAACUUUGGUCUGAAAGAAACAAGAUCUCAAAUAAUAUAUAUUGCCGAACAUGGCUGUGCCCACCUUGGAAGGCAUCCCGGUGGAAUUGCGGAUUUCCAUCCUAUUCACCAUACCUGACCCCGGUUCGCUGUGGUCGCUAUUACGUGCAUCUCCUGUGUACUAUGAGGUCUUUGAACUAGUGAAAAAAGACCUUCUUCGGAGCCUUCUACAGAAGCACCAUGCUGGCUUGGUGGACAUGACCGAUGCAAUAGCCGCCAUCCGUACCAAAGGCUUGUACGCUUCCGAGCAAUCCAACAAAGAAAAAAUCAUCGCACUUCUUGAAAGCCGAAAUUACAGCUACAAGACCCCUCGGCCGGAAACUCCACCUGCGCAGCUUCUAGAUGAACCAACAAAUACCCAGGAGACAGUGCAGUUGCUGCUUUUACAUAACCAAGCCCUAUUAUUCUUAGAGGAUUUCUGCAGAACCAUUAGGCGACCGGUAUGGAUGGAUGAGACCAGGUGGGAGAGCGACAUCAUACCUCUGGUCUUAACAGAGACCGAGAAACGACGCAUCAUCCGUGCCUUCUAUCGGUUGCAAAUCUACGGAAAUAUCUUCGGUUCAAUCGAACGUACUGUGGAUGCGGAGCACACCUCGGAGGACAAUGAUUGGCAAGAGGAGCAAGAUGUAUUCACUGGCGGCGAGAUGUGGCGUCUGUUCUUUGGCAAUAUGAGUCCCUGGGAAGUAGAAGAAUUCAGCUGUCUAUGGGAACACUGCUGUUACCGAUACGAAUUGAUACUCCGCGAAGUAUCCGACAGCCUGGUACAGACAGGUUGCAUGUUCUUCGACGAGCUGCCAGAAGAUCAACGACCCCCACCUGGUUGCUGGUACACGGACUGUGAUGUUUUCGAAAGCCCAAUGGACAAGAGAGAGAGCCUGGCCUCGAAAGGGCCCUCACUCCUAUGCAAAAUCCUGCGGGAAAAACAAUUCCUCGCUCGCCGGAACCUGGUCCUCGUCAACGUGCGAUCAUUUAGGUUAUAUUUCUAUGACUUUGGAAUCUGGCCCAGACCAACCGACAAUGAUCAAAUGGAUCUGUUCUACCCUGCAGACAAAUUCAACUUCGGCACGGACAGGAAUGGACUUCGAAAAUUCCUGAAAUCAUUACCGCCUUUUGAGCGGCCUAACCUAGCAUGGGAGAGGAUAUGGCUUCGAGACGAUCUCAAUUUCGCCCAGGUCUUUUAUGACAUGUAUGAGUUUGGGGCUACUAAUAAGCACCGUCCGUGGCAAUACGCUUUGUGGGACGACGAGAGACUCAUCAAAUGGAAUGUACCAAUUCUCUCUGAUGACUAUCCGUUUUGGGACCCGCGGCAUGACAAUUGAUACCUUUUGUUCAUCGAUUAAUGGGCCUUCUGUUGUUUGUCGAGCAAGCCGUUGUUUUCUUUUUCUUCUGAUAGACCAAUAAUUUACAUUGAAUACUAUGUACCCUCCCACUUCUGGAUAUAAGUCAAUUGACCCAUCAAACCCCCUUUCUCUCUACCAUAUUUAGCGUGCAUUUCUUUCCAUUGAUACUUUCACAGUUUACCUCUGUUUCCAACCCACUCUAUUCAUCUACCCGCUAGC